AUGGCGCUGAAGCACCUACUGAACAACGAGGAUGCCGGCAACGACUACCAAAACAACUAUCGACCGCAUCUGCAGUUCAACAGAGAUGACGAUUCAGAUCAGUUCAUAGCGGCUUUGCCAACUCAGUCAUGGGACCAAUACCUGGACGAUCUUCUUGGCUCCCAGAUUGCACAAUGCGACCUUGGUCUCGACAAAGAUCAGAUUGAGUUGUAUAGCUCGUUCCAGGAAACCAGUGCCGACAUCGAGGACUGGACGACCGGAGAUGCGUGUCAUCGACUUCUGGAUAAACUUCCACCCGAGGAAGCACAUAUAUGUUAUGGCAUGGUGUUCAGAGCUGCCGUACGGCUUUGCGGCAACAUGAUAGAGCUCAACAAGAAGCUCAAUAUGAUUGCGCCAUCACCUCUUCAUGGACAUUCUCAGCUGGGGAUCAUCAGGCCUGGAGCUCAAUUCCUGGUCGCUUUCUCAGACGGAGCAGUGGUGGGAGAGGUGAAUGCGCAGCUGGAUAAAGCACUCACUAGCAUUGCAGAACAGGGUUAUGAGCUUGAACUCGAAGUUUUUGCUCCGACAAGAGCUUUCCAGGAAACUAUAGGUCGAGCUACAAGAGAGAAAGAAGCUGUGAUUCGGGUUCAAGUGAACGUGUAUGGCCCGUCAGCAGCGGCUGACGAGAUUGGAAGAGAACUCUCCCAACAUAAGCUUUACCUUCAGCGUCCUGCGUACAUCAGAGACGGCGCUAGAUAUAGUAAUCCUCAUAUGCUCACGCUGCCUGAGUUUGAGGGCUCAAUGACGGUGACAAGGCCAGUACUAGGAGAGACUGUGCCCGAAAAUCCUAGCCUACGGUCGUUUAAAAACACGAUUCGAGACGUAUAUUCGUCACUAACACGCGAUCGUGAUCUGAGUGGGCUGGAAGGUGACGAGCGUCUCAAUACCACACUCUUGUUGCAUCAGAAGACAGCGCUUGCCUUUAUGAUGCAGCGCGAAGACGGUCCAAUACCAGAGAAGUAUACGCUGUGGAAAGCUAUCGAAGAGGAAGGAGUGCAAUGCUACCGGCAUGCAGUCUCGAACGCGCGUUGCGGUGGUAUCCUCGCAGAUGAAAUGGGAAUGGGCAAGACGCUCUCCAUACUAGCCCUAAUCAUACGAACUCUGAAUGCUGCACAUAGCUGGAAAAUUCAGAACGAGAUUCCAGACGUCGAAUCGUCGCAGAUAGCAAGGUGCAAGCACCACUCUGGAGCGACCUUAAUUGUCGCAUCAUCGGACCUCAUGAUCAACGAGUGGUUCCAAGAGCUGGACAAGCACUUUAACGACUCCUCCCGUGGAGUUCUGAAAGUCAUCAAGUAUCAUGGUCCUCAUCGACACACCUCGGCAGAUAGGUUCGUCGAAGCAGAUAUUGUCAUCACAACCUAUCAUACGCUCGCAUCAGAUCUCGCUGGAAUCAAAGGUGCGCUGAGGGACAUAGAGUGGUAUCGCCUCGUGCUUGACGAAGCUCAUAUCAUAAGACGGCAGUCCACAGUAUUGUAUCGCACUGUAGCUGAGAUUUCAGCCCGAUCUCGAUGGUGUCUUACCGGCACACCUAUACAAAACCGUCUAGAGGAUAUCGGCUCCUUGUUCGCCUUCCUGAGAAUUAGCCCAUUCCACAGCUUGUCGAACUUUCGGAAGUGCAUCGCUAUACCCUUCGAUGAAGGCAGUAAGCGGCGUAGCCUGGCGAUCGAACGUUUCACACGCCUCUUGGACUCAUUGUGUCUUCGCCGGACUAAAGAUGUACUUCAUUUGCCGGACGAAGAACAUCGUGUGAGGAAGAUUCGUCUGUCAUCAGAAGAGCAGACUCAAUACAAGCAAACUUAUGACAUCAUGUUUCGGACGAUCAAGAACCAGAAUGGUGUGUUUGAUCAGAAGAGCACGUUAGGCAUGUUCCAGGUACAGCUUCAACUACGUAUCAUCUGCAAUCAUGGCACUUGGCAACAACCAUUCUCCUGGAAUCGGCGCAAAUUGCACCUUCUGGACGAAAGAGAGGCUGUGGAGGCGUCAUUAGGAAGGGAUGGCGAACUCACCUGCUCUGCGUGUCGACAGACGUUGCCUCUUUUUAAUACUGCGCCACGCUCCAAUCACGCAUCACAAGAGGAUACCUACUUUCGACCCAACGGGCGAUCCUCGAAGAUGGAGUGUUUGAUGGAAGAUGUUUCCGUUGAUGUAUGGAACACAAAAAGUAUCAUAUUCACAUGUUGGACGCGAACACUGGACUUGCUGCAGUUCUACCUCCGCCAUAUAUCCAAUGAUACAUGGACCCACGAGCGAAUUGACGGCGAGUGCUCAACGGCUAAACGUAAACGCAUCCUACAAAGAUUCGCAGAAGACCCGAACUUGCGGGUACUCAUCAUGACUACUGGAACAGGCGCUGUAGGGCUCAACCUUGCAACGGCAAACCGUGUCUUUAUCGUCGAACCUCAGUGGAAUCCUUCUGUUGAAAAUCAAGCUGUUGCGCGAGCUUUACGUCUUGGCCAAAAGCAGACGGUGUUGGUCACGCGUUAUGUUGUGGAACAAACAGUGGAGCAGGAUAUGCGAUCACUACAGAACACGAAGCUUGAGAGAGCUAAUCUCAUUCAAAGUGGCUAA